AACAUUUUUCUUUUAACCUUUCCUUAAAUGUUCCCUACCGAUGUCUGUUUCGAAAAAUGUAAUUAAAAAAUAAUAGGUCACAAUGCUUGUUAAAGAGGUAUGAUGGGCCAAACUUACCCUAGUUAAGCCUGUUCUGGCACUAAUCUUGCGCAUCAUUUCAUCGGUUUAUGGUACACUUGCGGUAGCUGGAAGCAAGGGUUUUCAAAUUCACACUUGAAAAAAACUUGAUAGGUAGAAAUUCUCGAGCGUAUGGAUCAAUUAGACCUAUAACUUGUGCGAAAAUCACGCAAAUUUAAACGGCAUCGACUCAAAACGUUCCUAGAUUUGUUGCUUUAAAGGUCAUCAUUUGCAACCUCAAGUAACUAACUUCGUGCAUGCUUUUAACUAUAUCUUUUUUUCUCUUCGAUUAAUUUUUUUUUUAAUUUCUCCGAUUCAAAGGGGAUAAUCGGUACACCAAAAUGAUGGAAGGAAUAAUCUUAAUGCACCUUUGGAUAUUUGCAGGCAAUUCUUGUUAAUUGUUAAUCGUAGUCCCUUAUGUUCCCUCAGGUCUUUUAAAACAUUGGAGAGUCCUGACUUUUGCUUGCCUACAGGGACUUUCCUGGAAUCGAAACGUCCGGCUAUCUACAGCUAUCGACGACCCCAUUCGAGAAACCAAAGAAUUUGUCACGGAAAGAGCUACAUGAAGUGUGUGCGAGUUAUCAUAAAAGGCAUGGAAGAUUGCCUCAGAGAGCAGCUCAGAAUAUGCAGUGGCUUACGCGUGAGUGAAACAGGAAAGAAACCUACUCUACCUGCUAAAAGAACUCAUCCUUUCGCAGACGUAUUUACUUAUGCACAAUUAGAAAGAACAGGAUCUUUUGCGAAUGAAUGAGAUGGCGAAUAGCGAAAAACUGAAUAAUUAAGGGUGUGUGAAUAGGUUAGCGAGUACAGAUUUAUCUGCGAACUUUUAUUUAUUAAAGUAAUACGUACAACGUAGCUUUUCAUAAGGCAAAGUAAACGUACCAACCUAGAUAAGAUUAAGAUAUCUGCGCAGCCAGAAAAGAGCAAUUGAACAAAUGUUAUGCAAACUCCAUGCUGGCUGGAACAUUUAAAGCGAAAUCAUUCCUUUUCGUAAAUAAUGUAUAAAAUGAGUUACAGUAGUCUACCAAAUGGUAUCUGAUGCGCAAAGCGCCCGAUGUUUUGUUGAUCCAGCCAAAAUUAACGUUUAAUUUACAAAGCUUACUUUCACUUCAGCGUAAUUGAAGGAUAGGAAAUUUGGUGUGUCUUUUGAGCCAUUUAUGUCGUUUUCAAAACUUAAUAUCAUCUGUCAACUGCCAUGAUAUAGCUAAUUCCGCUUUCCGUUUUCCACUCUGCGAUCUAUUUUUACUUAAUUCCUAUUUCCGAGAAAAGAAAAAAAAACCCGUUAUCUAAACAGACAUUGUUAUCAAGUAUCCAAAUCUGUUUCUAACCCAGUAUCAAUUCACUGCGUGCAUAUACUUGUCUACCGAAGCAACAAAGUCUUAUCUCGUUAUUUUCCGGUCCCUAACUUGUUGGUAGUUUGUGCUGUGAGCGAGUGUCUACACUUCCUUGUGAUUGCUUGAGGGCGAGAACGGUGCCAUGGUCAUACCAUCGCCUCUGCAUCUGUUGACAGUCGUAGGGGAACUAAAGCUUUAAGGCUCUCAGCGAGAACUCAGCAUGUCUUCACAGAGACGGUCAGGAGUAAAUCCCAAGAACCUGAAAGAGUCUGACGGAGUCUCAAAAGAUGACAGUUCCGCAAAACAGAAUAAAGAGCUGAAGGACCACAGGAGAAGGAAGCCACAGAAAUUUACAAAAGGCAAGACACAAGCGCCUUCAAAUAAGAAAAAGGAAACGAUUUCAGAUGAUGGAGCAUCGUUACAAACUGACACAAGAGAAACCGAAAAGGAGACAAAAGCAGAAGACCAAUCUGCAGAUUCUACGCCAAAACCUGGUAACACCACAGCAGGUGGGAAAUGUGACCAAAAGAAACAAGAUCCUCAUGGACACGAGAGAGGGGCAUCACGGGAAUCCAAUGAACGUAAUGGAUUGCCUCCUUCGCGUGGCAAAGGAAGACGUUUUGGUCAAAACUGGAACUAUCAACCACGAAAAAGUAAUCCACCCACCACAAAGCACCAAACGCAGGCUCCACUUCCGUGUGAACAAAAUAAACACAAUCAAAAGAAAUCAUUUCCCAAAAAACGAAUCGUCCUUGACCUCUCACAAUUAAAAGAAAUGGAUUGCAUUGAGAUUGUUCAGAAGCUGAAUGAUGGUUUGGAUUUUUUUAAGUUCUUUCUACGAUCAGAAGAGCAACAGCACAACAGUGACGAAUUCAUAUUGGAUCUCACUAAAACAUUAGCAAUUUGCUGCGAUGCCCCAUCAAACGAAAACACGAAUAAGAUUUUAGCUACGCUCAAAGGAUCAGCAUUUUUCAAUAAGAAAAUUCCCUACUUGCUUGAUCGUGUUAAAUUGACGAAGGCAUUAAAAGAUCCGGAAUCUCGAGGAGAAUUCAUUGGUUGCUUAAUCAAAGUGUUCACGAGUUAUUUGGGUCACUUACCAAGUUCGUAUGCGGACCCACCUUACGAUCAAUUGAAACAAACCCUGGAGCAGACAACUGUUGAUGGAAAAGAUGAGCUGACGAAAGAGUUAAAUCACUUUAAGCAAGUAAGAGAUGACAUAAUAAGAACCGAACGAGCAAGGCAUGGAAAGCGCUAUACCGGCACAACGGAAAAAAAACCACCGGACGAUUUUAGAAAAAUUCCCAUUUGUCCAACGACUACAGAAAUCAAAACUCAAGAAGUUCCUUUCUUACGGAAGAACAUAAAAAGAGGACGUUACGAAGACGUUGAGCACUACCUAGAUGUGCAAUUCAGAUUGCUACGUGAGGAUUUUCUUGAGCCCUUAAGGGAAGGUAUCUACGAAAUAACGCAUCAUGUUUCAAGAGAAAACCGUAAUCAGCUGAUGAAAUGCUACCAGCGAGUGCUUAUUGUUGGCAAGGAGUUCACAACAUCCGGAGUUAAUUACGAAGUUCAAUUUGAUGUUUCGCAGUUCGGCAAGACAAACUGGGCCCAAUCAAAAAGGCUCAUCUUUGGAUCAUUUCUUUGUCUUUCCAAAAACAACUUCGAAACAUUGCUUUUUGCAAUAGUUGCCAAUCGAGACCCAAAAGACCUGCAGAAAGGUAAAGUUUACAUUCAAUUCGUUGAGGAGCAAAGUGUUUUUGAAAUUGAAAAAGGCCGAGAUCUAUACCAAAUGGUUGAGUCACCAGCCUUUUUCGAAGCCUAUCGUCACGUUCUAAAGGGACUUCAAGGAUUGAAUGAAACAAACAUGCCUUUCACGAAGUACUUGGUUGAAUGCUGUGCAGAGGUGGAUCCACCAGAGUAUCUAAGGCGCGAAAGUGACCAAGAUCCCGUAUGUUAUGAUUUCAGUAAGGCCCUUGAUGUACCAAAGUUAACAAAAGCGAAGAAAGUACCUGUUCUGCAACCUGAAGCCUGGCCAUCUGUCGCGUCACUACGUUUGAACAGUUCCCAGCUAGAAGCUUUGCGAACAGCUGUUUCAACUGAGUUUUCUGUCAUCCAAGGGCCACCAGGCACAGGAAAAACUUACGUUGGAGCUAAAAUUGUGCGGUGCUUGCUCGAUAACCGUCAGCAAUGGGACCCGAGUAAAACGUCACCAAUGUUGAUGGUUUGUUAUACAAAUCAUGCUCUGGAUCAGUUUCUCGAGAAGGUAAUGGACUUUCUUCCAAAAAAACAGAUCAUUAGAGUUGGCGGAAGGUGUAAAAGUGAGCAACUACAAGCAUGUAAUCUAAAGCUUUUUACGAAGAUGUAUAGACGACGUGAUGAUCGCGAUGAAGUACAAGGUAAAAUUCGAUUAAAUAACAGAGAAAUGAGAGCUUUAAAGGGUUCUUUUGCCAAGGGGGAUGGUGAUGUGAUGGAUUUUAAAGAAUUGGAAUGCUUCAUGCAGAUGCAGCAUACAGACCAACUGUAUCAAGCUGUCUCACCACCGAAAGCUUCAGCCAAAUGUAAGACGAUUUCAAACAUUUUCAAAUUGUGGCUCUGCAACAACGCGAGGUUGAAUGAUCUGAAUCAGAGCGCAAACACGUCAAAGAUAGAUGAAGGUGGUGAAAUCCAAGAGGAGUGUAUCAUUCUACCAGAAGAUAAGGGUGAAAUAGCUGUUAGUAUUGAUUGCACUCCUUUCCCGACCUUAGAAUAUAAUAACACAAGUGGUUACUUUGGAGACGGAUUUGUGAAAGGAUUUGAUGAACAAAGCCCCAAAGAGAGCCCCAACGAGAACAAGGCGCAAAGAGAUACAAGAAACGAUGAAGAAACGAUGCUUCCCUUUGAAACAACUCAACCUCAGGCGGAAAAACCACAAACGACCCCUCUCAACCUAACCAGUUCGUUUGGGGAAUUGUAUGAAGUGAGUCCUGAACAUGACUUAUCAAACAGCAAAACGUUGCAUAAUGAUUUGUAUUCACCAGUUUCUCUUGAGGCAAAAAUAGAAACUACCGCCGAAAUUACGGAGCGCCUCGAGGAGCCAGGUCAUCCGUGGAAUUUCGUACUCGAAGAAGACCCCGGAGACGAUGAGCCAACCAUCACCAUAGAAGAAGAAGCUUCAAGGCUGCAAAAUGAACGAUGUAUCGAGGGCGAUGAAGAAUUUGAGUUAUUACUAAUACCAGAAUCAGAACACGAAGGGGGCGUCCUAGACGGUACUUACGAGGACCGUUCAUUCGUGUGGCAAAUAAACAGCCUAGAACGUAGUGGGGGAGGUCAAGUGAUUGACGGCGACAACAGCCAAAGCCAAUUUGAAGCUGAAAGCCAAUCACCCGAGUCACAAGACGAGAUCUCUUUGGAAGAAGAAUUCAGCAAAGUACAAUCUCAGUUAAGGAAGAUUUCAGCGAUGACUGAUGACGAAGCAAAAAGGGUGACAAACAUCUGGGAUUUAGCUGAGAAAGAGCGAUUUCGAUUGUAUCUAUACUGGGUUAAAAGCUAUCGAGAACGCUUGAGACUUGAGAUCCAAAGAGGCGAACAGAAACACGAAGAACUCUGCGCUAAAUGGAAAAUCGUUACCUGUCAAGAGGAGGAGGAGGUAAUACGCAGAGCAACGGUCGUUGGGAUGACGACCAGCGGUGCAGCGAGGUACCACUCGAUGCUUCAGAGAAUAGAUCCCAAAAUUGUUAUAAUCGAGGAAGCUGCUGAGGUUAUGGAGGCUCAUAUCAUCACUUCUCUUGCUUGCGACACAAAACAUACAAUUCUCAUUGGGGACCACAAACAGCUGCGCCCGAAACCAACGGUCCAUCAAUUAGCCACAGAAUACAACCUCGAAAUCUCCCUGUUCGAACGAAUGGUGCUAAAUGACAUGGAAUGUAAACGCCUUGCUAUCCAACACCGCAUGCGUCCCGAGAUUGCUGCCUUAACUAAACGAAUUUAUGAACAUGAGAUCAUUGACCAUGAAAAUGUAUGUCAUUUUGACGAUAUCUCUGGACUACGCCAUAAUCUUUUCUUCCUCGAUCAUAGUCAGCCUGAGUAUCAAGUUCGUGGUCUCCAGAGUUUUUCCAAACCUCAUGAGGCAGACUUCCUAAUAGCACUCUGCCGUUAUCUAUUAUUGCAAGGAUAUAAACGAGCGCAAAUCACUAUUCUCACCAUGUAUGCAGGCCAACUGUUAGAGCUGAAGAACAAACUGCCCAGAGAAGAGUUUGAAGGGGUUAAGUUAUGUGUCGUCGACAAUUUUCAGGGCGAGGAAAAUGACAUUAUCUUGCUCUCGUUGGUGAGGAGCAACUCCACGAUUGGGUUCCUCAAAGAAUCGAACAGAAUAUGCGUGGCAUUAUCAAGAGCUCGUCAAGGUUUUUAUUGCAUCGGAAAUUUUACCCUUCUCAAAUGCAAAAGCCCACUCUGGAAAGAAAUAUGUGAUGAUCUUGGAACAAAGAACGCUAUUGGCCAAACUUUACCACUGGUUUGCAAGAGGCAUGGCCGUUGUAGUGAAGUAAGAAAUGGGGGUGAUUUCCGAAAGUUCCCACUGGGAGGCUGUGACAGGGUCUGUGGAGAGCGCCUCGACUGUGGCCAUGCAUGUGAAAGAAAGUGUCACCCUACAGAGGAGUAUCACGAAUCGGGUCGAUGCCCAAAGAUGUGUUGGAAAACCUGCAGCAAUGAGCAUCAAUGCAAGAGGAGGUGUCAUCCCUAUGCCUGUUUAUGUCCGCACCUUAUGCUGAAAAUAAUCCCCAAAUGCGGUCACGAACAAAAAGUACAGUGUCAUGUUGAGCCAGAAGAGUUUGUUUGCCUCGUUAAGUGCGAGAAAACACUCAGUUGUGGACACAAUUGUACUGAGGUUUGUGGGAGCCACUGCACAAGGAUUUGUAAAGUUCUAUGCAGUAAGUCCCUUUCAUGCGGACAUGAAAAACAAUUGCUGUGUCACCAAGACCCCAUGCUUUACAGAAAAUGCAACAAACGCUGCAGCAAAAUUCUGGAAUGUGGUCAUCCUUGCUCAAGGAAAUGCAGCGAAACAUGCCUUUGCAACACUACAAUUGACCUUGAACUGCCAUGCAAACAUUUCGUACGCAUUUUAUGUUCCAUAAAGCACAACCCACCUCUUUGCGUCGAGGGUUGUUGUAAAGAUUUGCUAUGUGGUCAUAAGUGUCCUGGUCUUUGUUGUGAAGAUUGUAGCAAAUACCAGUGCAAAACUCUGGUUGACAAGCUCCUUUCCUGUGGGCACGAAAAAACCAUUCCAUGUUACAUGGACCCACGCGAAGCAAAAUGUCAAGAAGCAUGCCAAAAGAAGUGUGCACGUGGUCACCCAUGUCAACAACAGUGUCACUUCGGUUCACCAUGUAAAGAUUGCUGGGUUGAAAUAAAUAUGACACUCCCUUCGUGUGGGCACUUCAUCCAAAUGCCCUGUUUCUGCGAUCCAGCCGCUUUGAUCUGUAAAAAGCCAUGCGAAAGGCUUCGGCCUUGUGGACACCCUUGCCGAGACUUCUGUGGUAAAAAUUGUGAAAUGCGACCGUGCAUGAAGCUUGUCCAGAGAACAUUACCGUGUCAACAUACGAUUACAUUGGCCUGUCACAAAAAUCCUGAAACAUAUAAAUGCAAGGAGAAUAUUCUAGUCGAUCUACCAUGUGAACACAGAAAGUCCAUGAAAUGUCAUGCUCUUUGCGCUGGUAUUCAAAAUGUACUGUGCCAUGAAAAAGUUGAAAGAAGUUUGCCUUGCCAUCACAAAAUCGUUCUUCCCUGUCAUACAAAUCCUGACGUGUACAAGUGCAAAAAAAGAGUGGAAGUGAAACUAAAAUGUGGCCAUAUAAUGGUUGCCAUAUGCUCGUUUGCGACCGUUGUUGAACAGGAGUUAGAGUGCAUGGUUUUGAUUAAACGACAAUUGCCAUGUGCACACGAGGUAAAUAUCCCCUGUUCUAAAUCCAGCCAUGAAUACAGCUGCCAGAAACGGGUCGCCGUUACACUUUCCUGUAAACACAAAAAGUACAUGGCGUGUUCAAAACUCACAGAUGGGCUUGAGAAUGUAAAAUGUGAAACAGUGGUGACAAAACUACUUCCUUGUGGUCAUGAAAAAGAGAUGCCCUGUUUUGUUAGAGCAGAAGAGGUUUCCUGCAACUUCCCCUGUGAACGGGUUCUUUCUUGUGAGCAUCCUUGCCGUGGAAGAUGCAGUGAUGACUGUAGUAUGUUUGCGUGCGCGGAAACAGUUGAAAAGAGCUUGGCAUGUGGAUACCAUCGACUUAAAUGUCUUUGCUCGGAGGAUGUUUCUGAGGUUGAUUGUACCCAGAAAUGUGAAAGAAAGUUGCCCUGCGGUCAUUACUGCAAUGGAAAAUGUUCUGAAAUUUGCGGUCAAUACAAAUGCGAAGAGAUGGUUUGGAAGAAGCUAGAUUGUCCAGUAAAACAUACCCGUCGAUUACCCUGUCAUAGAGAUCCAAGAAGUGUAGUGUGCUUGAAGAAAUGCACGAGAAAACUAAAUUGUGGUCACCCCUGUGAGGGUGCUUGUGGGAAACCAUGUGAAAGUGUUAAGUGUAUGCGGAAAAUGAAGCAUACAUUUCCAUGUGGGCACACAACAAGGGUGUCCUGUUUCGAGAGGAAAACCGCCAUUUGUAGGGCACCUUGUCCGCGUCAAAAGUUUUCCUGUCAGCAUUUUUGCAAGGGGUUGUGCGGGAAACCGUGUGAUGGGUACCCUUGCCAAGAGGUCGUGACCAAACGUCUGAGAUGUAGCCACAAUAUCAAAAUGCGCUGUUGCGACAACCCAGAAAAAGUACUGUGCCCGGUUGUAUGUGGAAAAAUAAUGCAAUGUGGUCAUCAGUGUUCUGGAAUAUGCGGUAAUUGCCAGAGAAGGCGUUCACAUGAAAUUUGCAAAAGUCAAUGCAGUCGAUUUCUGGUUUGUUUACACCGUUGCAAAGCUCCUUGCUAUUUACCUUGUCCUCCUUGUGUCGGCAAAUGCAGUCGGGUGUGCCCUCACGACAAAUGUAGGCAGCCUUGUUCAACACCAUGCGAACCUUGUAGGCAGCCUUGCACGUGGAGUUGUCGCCAUGGCAAUUGCAAUAAUCUCUGUGGAGAAGAAUGUGAACGCUUACCAUGCAAUGCUCCCUGCCCCAAGACGCUUCGUUGUGGCCACCGAUGCAUUGGUUUGUGUGGAGAAAAUUGCCCUACGCUUUGUGCCAUCUGCAAUACGAAAAGUCUUUCAAUAAAAUCAGCUGAUGGACGUGCUAACAAUACAGAAGCUCCAAGAUACUUGCAACUCUUCGACUGUGGUCAUAUCAUAAAAGUCGAGGAAAUGGACGAGUGGAUGGUGAAAGAACAGGGAAACAAUGUUCAGCUGAUGCGAUGUCCCAAAUGUUCAACAGUAAUUACAUUUAGCUACCGUUAUGGUAAUAUCAUCAACAGGACCCUGAAAAAUGUCGAGAAUGUCAAAGAAAAAGUACAACAGCUUGCACAUGAAGUUGUCAACUCUAUUGAGCGCACAAAGAGGGAUUUACGUCGCCUAAACUAUGAUGCGAAGAAGCUAAAGUUUCCGCAAAUAGUUUUUCGCCAUCCUCAACCUUAUCCAUGUGGCAUGCACGAUAUGCGUUUUAUUUUUACUCUUAAAAAUCACUUGACAAUUCUUUACCUGGCCCAAGCAACAGAAAGGGUAGUGGCUGAAAUGCGACUUGCGGAUGCUAGCAUCAAAAAACAGCCUGGGCUGGAUCAACAGUUAACCAUUAUCACAGACGCGUUGGGAAAAAUCAAAGCGUACCUUGAGCAUCCCCAAGUGCAUUUGAAAAUCCUGAGUCAAGUGCACGACCAAACAAGAAAGUUUUCUUUAUUCGUUCGUGUUUUAGAGGUCCAAAGUAAGGCCAUUAUGCAUCAAAUUCCAUGGUCCAGCGGUGGUACUCAUCGACUUAAAAAAGCACACGACCGUUUUGAAUUGUUUCUCCAGGGUAAGGACGACGCCCUAGAUCUCGAAUGGUUGAAAAUUAUUGUUACCUUGUUAAGAUCAGAGGUGAACCUUCCAGACCUACCAGCUGAGGACGCCAAAGACUUCGUCAAUUUCCCAGGAUACCAAAGGGGAGUCUGGAAAUUAUGCAAAAAAGGCCAUGUGUACUACACAGGACUCCUAGUGCGAGAGGGCAAAGAUAUCUUCAUCGGAAGCGAAGGAUGCACCCAGUGCAUAGCUAGUGAAAGUGAACAAACCGUAAAAAAUGGACGACAGGUGACAAGUUAAAUUCAACAAGUAAGGAUGUGAAAUGUGAAGCGGCACGUAGGGGUCUCUACUCCACUAGGAAGGCAAGAAAAAGAAUGGACACAGAAUUAAAAACAUAUCGCCUAAUAGUAAUAGCACCUGGAACCAGGACUCUCCCAUCAAAUUGAAACAGACUAGACUGCUGCUUGUUAUCAGUCUCGGUGAUGGUUCAGUCUGGCAAAUCCAAACCAAACCUACAAUUGUACAAACGACAGAGAGAUGAAGUUCUUAGCGACCUGCCUUGCUUUGAGAGCUCGUCGAAGGAGAACUAAUUUGAUGGCAAAGCUUUCUACCUAUAAGAGAGGACAACCUGGUUCUGAUGGUCAGGUCAUUUUUGAGCAAAGGAGCUUGCAAGCACAUAAAAGAACCUUCCUACUGAACUGGUAAAUACAAAAUGAACCGUAAAAUAUUAUGUAAUCUAUAUCACUUAAGCGAGGCCAAGAUUUUAGAAGCAGUUAAAUGAAAUACUGAUGGUAUUCUCAGGGGAAGGAAGUGAACAUUAGGGCAUACCGCUCAAACCUGCAGUUAACUGAUAAAUCCAUAAAAGAGAGUAGUAAGCUGUUGAUAAAGUAUCCUUAAAAGAUGAUUGUUUACUAAUACUCAGAUAGUGAAGAAAAUAAAAAAUGCUAACAAUAGCCUGUACGCAGGCGGCAUAUUUGGAAGAAAAAAGGAAAUGCAAAUCACCUUUUGAGUGGACACAAACUGUCAAAGCUUUAGCUAUCGCUAAAGUACUUCUAGUCGUAUCUAUCUGGUUGACUUUUUCUCGAUUGAUAACCACUACUUCCGUAGACAACAUGAGUCUAACAUAUCAUCACAUGGCCAGCAAAGGUGUCGACUGCUUUUCGUUAAUCGUCCUCUAUUAAUCAGAGAGAUUAAAGCAAAGAGCAAAUAAGAGCACGAUGUGACAUGUAAGUGACUAACUUUCAUUUGAUGGAAUGGCUGAUUGGAAAAUUGCAAGUGAUGAAUGAUUGAAUGGUUAUUUCUUAGCAUAAAGGUGAUGGCAUUAUCAUUUAGACCUAUAUGCUAAAUUGUCCAUGUUCUAAAAUUCGCACGAGCCUUCUGAAUAUUUUUCUAACAAUAUCUCACCAAUAACAAUAAAAAUAACUUUAGUUUUGUUUAGUCCGACGAAAAUUCAGAUUGUAGUAUCUGAUUGAGAAAAUUGGGAAGGUAAUUUAGCAAGCUUAUAUUUGAGGUUCCUUCGAAAGCCUCUAAAUUUUACAAUACUCUAUCCUCAGAAUUAGCAGCGUAUGUGUGCAUGUAGGUCAUAGCUUACACUCAUGCCUCAUUAGCUACUAUGAACUUAAUUUUGUAAUAGACAGGUUUUGAGUUCAUAAGAUAUAAAACGUUUUCGCAAAGAUUUAUCGUUUCAUUUUCUCAGAAAUUUUUGCCGAGUGUUUAGUACCCUAUAUAAUGUUUAAAAUUUCCCAUAGUUUGUCGUUUUGUAGCCAAUAAACUUGUUACAUGAUGUCAACAUGAUCCUCUA